AUGGAUAAAGAAGGGAACAUGUUGCUGCAAAGAUAUGAAUUAGGGAGACUACUCGGUGAAGGAACCUUUGCCAAGGUUUACCAUUCAAAAUGUACCAAAACUGGCCAGUGUGUGGCCAUUAAAGUGAUAGACAAAGAGAAAGUUUUGAGGGUUGGGAUCAUUGAUCAGAUUAAACGAGAAAUAUCUGUUAUGAGAUUGCUCAGGCACCCUAAUAUUGUGCAGCUUUAUGAAGUCAUGGCCACCAAAACUAAGAUUUAUUUUGUGUUAGAAUAUGCUAAAGGAGGUGAGCUUUUUAAUAAGGUGGCUAAAAGAAAGCUGAAAGAGAAUGUUGCUCGAAAGUACUUUCAGCAGUUGGUCAAUGCUGUUGAUUUCUGCCACAGCAGGGGUAUCUAUCACCGAGACCUGAAACCAGAAAAUUUACUGUUAGAUGAGAAUGAGAAUAUUAAGGUUUCCGAUUUUGGCUUAAGCGCCCUUGCCAAGUCAAAGCAUCAAGACGGGCUUCUUCACACCAUUUGUGGUACUCCUGUGUAUGUUGCUCCUGAGGUGAUUAACAGGAAAGGAUAUGACGGGGCCAAAGCUGACAUCUGGUCGUGUGGGGUUAUCCUAUUUGUUCUUUUGGCUGGUUAUCUCCCAUUUCAUGAUCCAAACUUGAUGGAAAUGUAUAGCAAGAUUGAAAAAGCAGAGUAUAAAUGCCCCAGUUGGUUUCCGGCAGAAGUACGGAAAUUAUUGUCAAGGAUAUUGGAUCCAAAUCCCAGGACUAGAAUUUCCAUUGCCUUAAUCAAGGAAAACCCUUGGUUUAAGAGGGGAUUGAACUCUAAAGCAACAAAAAUUGAUACAGAUAGCAAGCAAACUUCUUCUCUGCAUACAGGUAUAGCUACUGGUCCCUGUGAAUUUAAUAGUGUGGCUGCUGAGGAAAAGCAAGAAAUUGUACAACCCACUUGCUUGAAUGCUUUCGAAAUCAUCUCUCAUUCUCCUGGAUUUGAUCUAUCUAGCUUGUUCGAGGAUCCUCAUUUAAAGAAAGAAGCAAGAUUUUCUUCCAGGCAACGUGCCUCAGUCAUCAUAUCUAAGCUAGAGGAAAUGGCAAAGCAUCUGAAUCUUAAAGUGAAGAAAAAGGUUGGAGGCUUACUGGAAUAUGAGGGAGCGAAGGAAGGUAGAAAGGGCAUCUUGUGCAUCCAUGCAGAGAUUUACGAAAUCACUCCAUCCUUUCAUUUAGUGGAGGUGAAGAAAUCUGCUGGGGAUACGCUGGAAUAUCGAAAGAUUCUGCAAGAGGGUAUUAGACCGGCUCUUGAAGAUAUUGUCUGGGCUUGGCAAGGCGACCAUCACCAGCAUCUACAAAUGGAACUACAGCCACAACCCCUCCCAGAGAAGCAGCGACGGCAGCAAGAACAGCUGCAUGAGCAAUUACCUUGAUGGCUUGAUCAUAAUUCAUUGCCCAAUCUCCGUGCUUUGUAUGGCUUGUCAAUAUGUUUAUAACCUGUGGUUUCACUUUCACCCAAUCUGUUGAUCAGUUGAUGGGUCCUAGUUUGUGUUGUUAACAUUUCCCUGUCUGUGUACAUGUGUAUCACGAGUUUAAUCAUCUCAUCAGAUGCUAGUCAUGAACCAGUCCAGCACUUUUGAUGGUUGCUUAUGUUACUUCCAGUUCCAGGAUUGCUUUGAUUGGUAAUGGAGUUCUCUUAUGGUUGCCUCUCA